AUGGGAGGAACCCAUGAGCACCAAGCCAUCGUUUGCAGGGUUACAUAUGAGAUGGCCGCCAGAGCGAGAGAGAGAGAGAGAGAGAGAGAGAUGAGGGAGCAGACGAAGACGGCGACGGCAAAGAGGAUGAGAGGAAGCAGAGGCAGGCUAGAAGACAUACUGAGCGGCGGUUUGGCUGAUAUCAAAUCCAUACAGCCGCUUCAACAUCGAGAUCAAUAUCUCCAUCAACAGCUCCCCAUCGACACCCCCAUCUGCUCACGACGGAGCAUCCGACAGCGAACCAUCGACCAAAGCCUGCGACCUCCUCCGCUUCUGCUGCUGGCUCUGCUCGUCUUCCUCUCUCCCUUUCCGACUAACGGAAUACUUAUCUCUGGAGUCCUCUUGUGUGCCUCUGUCGAGUCGGAAAACUCUUCUCCUCCCUCUCUAUCUCUGUGCCCAGGCUGGCUACUGAUAAAAAAUCUCCUCCCGGUGGAGAUUUUGCUACUUCUUGACGGCCAAAAAAGCAAAGAGGAAGCAAAGAGUCAUAAAAACUUCGCCAUCCUCCCCUCGGUUACCUGA